AUGGCGGGACUUUACCGGCGGAUUUCCGCCGGUAAUAACAAAUACCGGCGGAUAUACCAUGUAUUACCGGCGGGCUCCUCCGCCGGUAAUGAAUGGCUCAAAGAAAACGACACCGUUUUCAAUGUCCUCAAAGAGUCAUUGAGCCGAGCACUCAAGAUAUUUUACCCACUAGCCGGCCGCCUUCGGUGGAUUGAAGGCAGCGGUAACGUCCUCGAGCUUGACUGCAACGGGAAAGGAGCUAAGUUCAUCGAAGCUGAGUGUGAGUCGGCAUUGGACGAUUUUCACAAUGAUCAGUUAGCUUCACUGACUGACCAAUAUCGUAAUCUAUUUCCAGAUGUAGACUACAAUAUCCCACUCCAAGACAUACCUGUGACUCUAGUCCAAGCCACUAGGUUUGCUUGUGGGGGGAUAAGCCUGGCCGUAAGCCUUUCUCAUGCUGUCGUUGAUGGUCAAUCUGCUUUUAGCUUCAUCUCCGAGUGGGCUAGUCUCACUCGAGGCGAAGGAGUGAACGAUCCGCUACGCCGUUUUCUCCAUGAUGAUGGAGAAAACGCUGUGCUCCCCAAGCAGAAAACUACUAUGGUCAUACUAAAGCUUGGGAAACUAGAUAGGGAGAAACUAAGAGAAAAGGCUAACAAUGGCCUAUGUUUCGACAUUAGCGUAGCGGAUCGUUCUUACACUAGAUUCGAAUUGUUGGCGGCCCACGUGUGGAGGUGUGCAUGCAAGGCACGAAAGCAUGAACCAGAGCAGCCAACGUCGUUGGCGAUAUGCGUCGACUCUAAGCGCCGUUUGAACCCACCACUACCAAACGGCUUCAUCGGCAAUGCCACGUUCGACGUGACCGCCACUGGGAGAUCUGGAGAGCUGGUAUCGAAGCCCUUGGGACAUGCAGCCAGCAUAAUCAAAGCAACAUUAAAAAAAGUAACGAGUGAGUUUAUCUGGUCAGCUGUUGACUAUUUGAAAUACCAAACGGACUUGAGCAUGUUUCAAAGUCCUCUUCCCACGAACCGCGAUGAAUCUUUUGUCUAUCAGAAUCCAAACCUGGGCAUUAUAAGUUGGUUAGGGUUGCCCAUGUACGGACAAGACUUUGGGUGGGGAAAGGAGAUUGAUAUGGUUCUGGGAGAAAUUGAGCCAGGAUCAGUGGUUCUUAUUCCUGAUUGCAAUGAUGAUGGAUCAAUGGUUGUGGCUCUCUGUUUGCAAACAGACCAUAUGGAUUCAUUUAAAAAUCACUUUUACAAUAUCAUAUAAUUAAGUAAAUAGUUGGCUACUUUAGUUGUUCAGUAUUGCGGUUUUAAGUUAUGGAAUAUCAAAAGAAGUUGAGAAUGUGAUAUUUUAUAAUUAGUUCACGAUAAUUAUUAUUAUUUAUUAAAUUAAAAUGUGUGAGACAUUAUAUUGAAUUUCACUAAUAAUGAUAUGAUGUUAUAGGGUUA